UUUUCAUUUUCGUUGCUCUGCGGAAGGUACAGUUUCUCUUCUCUAAUUUGUUCAGGUGUUCUGUGGUACAGUUUUCCUUCUCUAAAGUUGGUUCUUUAUCGCUCCCACGUUCUCUUCUUGCCAUAGAACACUGACCCAUCACCGGCAGAACUGCGAUAACCUGGCCCAUCUGGCUGCAGAACUAGCCUGCUUGCCGAGCAGCGUUGUGUAGUUGUAUGGAAUUUGGUGAGCUGGUUAUUUCACCUCUGCACGACACCGUCUGUCACUUCAGCGUCUCACCCGAGCACCGUAGUCGCCGCUUGUGCUUGCACUUGUGUCCCCAGGCGCUCGACGAGCGCAACGCGGCUAAUGUCAUCGGGCUUCUAAGACGAGUGGUCUUCUACCUACACGCCCUGCUCAGCACCGUGCUAGAGAACGUCGGCACCAUGAACGAUUUCGCUAAAUUGGGCAAUGCGCGACCGGCGCUGGAGCCAAAGUCGAUGCCGAUCACGCAGGAUUACUCCAUUUCGGACCAUGUGCUUGGACUCGGAAUCAACGGAAAAGUUGUGGAGUGCUACGACAAGGCCAAGGGUUCCAAGUUCGCCCUCAAAGUUCUCAGGGACAAUGUCAAGGCACGCCGGGAAGUGGACCUUCACUGGCGAGCCAGCAACUGCAAGCACAUUGUGAACAUAGUGGAUGUCUAUGAAAAUGUUUACGGUGGUAACCGAUGCCUUCUAGUCGUCAUGGAAUGCAUGCAAGGAGGAGAGUUGUUCCAAAGGAUUCAAGAACGAGCUGAAGGUGCCUUCACAGAACGAGAGGCUGCGGAGAUUAUUCGAGACAUAUGCAAAGCUGUCGCUCAUCUUCAUCGCAUGAACAUUGCCCAUCGGGACCUAAAGCCUGAGAACCUGCUGUACUCCAAGCCUGAUGACAGUGCAGUCCUUAAACUGACGGACUUUGGCUUUGCCAAGGAAACUACAAAUUUCAACUCAUUACAAACACCGUGCUAUACGCCAUAUUACGUUGCUCCUGAGGUCCUAGGUCCUGAACGGUAUGACAAGUCCUGUGACAUGUGGUCCCUGGGUGUCAUCAUGUACAUACUGCUGUGUGGAUUCCCACCAUUCUACAGCAACCAUGGCCUGGCCAUUUCUCCUGGCAUGAAGAAGCGCAUUCGAGCUGGGCAGUAUGACUUCCCCAACCCGGAGUGGAAGAAUGUCUCGCAGGAUGCAAAGGACCUGAUCAAGGGCCUGCUGCGGACUGACCCCACCCAGCGGCUCACCAUUGAAGAAGUGCUGGUGAACAAGUGGAUUGCGAAGUACACGGAGGUUCCGCAGACACCCUUGUACUCUGUGCGAGUGCUUCGUGAGGAAGGGGACCAGUGGCCUGAAGUGCAGGAGGAAAUGACACAAGCCCUGGCCACCAUGCGGGUUGACUAUGACACGGUGCAGCUCAAGCAGCUGGCAGACACCAACAACCGGCUGCUCAUUAAGCGGCGACAGCAACGCAACAACUGAGGCCUCUCUGACCAUCUAGGCUGAUGUGGGAGCAUGCUCCAUCUCACUGUUUCAAACUGUACACCCAUCAGGGUACAAGCUUUCCAUCUCACAUGAAGUGAAAUGUAACAUAAGCACAUAAUGUGCGGUUUUAUUUUGGAUUUGUAGCAGAUUUCUGAUCAUAUGUUUGGUUACCAAAGUGUUUAGGGUUUAACUGAUUAUUGGUCUUAAAUGACCAAAAAAACCAAGUGCCUGAUUAUUGUUGGGAUGUUUUGUAUUAUAUACAGAUAAAUUUUUUUUCCGCAACCCAACCCAAAA